CGGCUGGACCACUACCUGUGCUCGCCCCUGGCGCAUGAGCUGGAGCGCCAGCCACAGCUGCGCCAGUCUCGGCGCCGCUUCCUGGACGGCGACCAACUCACGCUGGCCGACUGCGGGCUGCUGCCCAAGCUGCACAUCGUCGACACGGUCUGCGCGCACUUCCGCCAGGCGCCCAUCCCCAGUGAGCUGUGCGGCGUCCGCCGCUAUCUGGACCACGCGCUGCAGGAAAAGGAGUUCAAGUUCACGUGCCCACGAAGCUCGGAGAUCCUGUCGGCCUAUCGGGCCGUCGUGAGGCCCCGCUAGCCCUCACUCACCCGCAGCCCACCUGCCCACCAUCCCAACCCCCAAAAGACACCUGGGCCCGCAAGCCUGUCUACUUGACGUCCGAGGGCCCAGACCCCAUGACCACCGCCACAGUGGACAUCAACUGCAGGAGGCCUGACCCGAGUGGCGAGGUG